AUGUGUCUGCGUCUCUCUUCUAUGCAUGAUCCUUCGCGUAUUCCGUCAAUCCUCUCUGCUGUUUGUUUCUUUUUCGAUUCUAACUGUGUACUAAGCGAACUUCAUAAGAUUUCACUAAUUUUCUUGAUUUCAGUGAUGAGUAUCGCAAUUCUCAACGAUCCACAACUAUCGACUGAUGUCUAUGAUCUGCUUAUAUCACAAACGGCACCAAGUCUUGUCUCAGCAGCACCUCCUCAACCUCACGAUUUCGUCACUCUUGAAUGUUACGCGAUGCAUGAACACCAACAAGACUCCAUGAAGUGUUCACUAGCUUUAUUCCUCCGAUUAUGA